AUGGAACUCAAGAUGCUCACGUCUUUGACACGAGGUCAGCCUGGCGUCCUCCAUAACUGCACCAAAAGCCUCGUGGCUUUUGAGUAUACGCGCGGAGCCCCGCGCAAGCCACACACACUUCUAUUUGUGGGCGGACUCGGAGAUGGACUCGGCUCGGUCGACUACCUGGGCGACAUCGUGCGGGCGCUAGAACCAACAGAAUGGACGGUAUUUUCGCUAGUGCUCUCUUCGUCGUACGGGGGGUGGGGCAUGGGCCGACUAGGCAAGGACAUCGACGAGCUAGCGCAGUGCGUGCAGUACAUCCGGGAGUACAAGACACCGCAGUUCGGGGCGGGCAAGGUGGUGAUAAUGGGCCACUCGACGGGCAGCCAGGACGUGCUGCACUACCUAAACUGCCCGAACCCGCGGCCGCCACACCCGGUCUUCGAUAAGAGCUGGACCCCGAUCAUCCGGACCCCGGUCGAUGGCGCGAUCAUGCAGGCGCCUGUUUCGGACCGCGAGGGCAUCCUGUGGGUGCUGAAGUGCGGAACGGAGCGCGACAGCCCGGCCGCCAUGCGCAACCUGUACAACAACGCCGUUGAAGACGCGCGACGCGCCACCUACGAAGAUGACGACACCGUCGACACUAUUGUCCCCAUCUCCGUCACCGCGCGCAUCGGGUAUCCGGCCUCGGCGCCGGUGAGCAGUCGCCGGUUCCUGAGCCUGGUGAGCCCGGAUAGUCCUGAGAAACCCGAGGAAGAUGAUCUGUUCAGUUCAGAUCUGAGUGACGAGCAGCUGCGGCAGACCUUUGGGAUGGUUGAUGCGCGCGGCCUGCUGAAUCAAAAACUGAUGGUGCUGUAUUCAGGCCGUGACCAGUCCGUGCCGCCGUGGGUGGACAAGGAGGCGCUGCUGCUGCGGUGGCGGACGGCCCUUGAUAAUGGUGGGGAUCGCCAGUUGUGGGAUCCGCGCAGUAUGGUGGUUCCCAAUGCGUCGCACGCGCUGAGUGACAGUGACCAGGCGGAGCCGCGGCGCAUUCUGGUGGAGAGGGUGACUGCAUUCUUGGAUGAUAUUCAGCGGGCUUAG